UCCCCAGAAAAUCAUCUUCCCCACCAUGUCAGACUACGAAAAUGAUGAGGAGUGUUGGAAUAUGCUCGAGGGUUUUCGGGUGAAGCUCAUCUCCGUCAUCGACCCUUCUAGGAUCACACCAUACCUUCGGCAGUGUAAGGUCAUCAAUCUAGAUGAUGAGGAGCAAGUUCUCAAUGAUCCCAACCUGGUCAUUCGAAAAAGGAAAGUAGGUGUUCUUUUGGACAUCCUCCAAAGGACUGGUCACAACGGGUAUGUGGCCUUCCUGGAGAGCCUAGAACUUUAUUACCCACAGCUGUAUAAGAAGGUCACUGGGAAGGAGCCCACCAGGGUCUUCUCCAUGAUAAUUGAUGCUUCUGGGGAGUCGGGCCUGACACAGCUGCUCAUGAAUGAAGUCAUGAAGCUGCAGAAGAAAGUGCAGGACCUGAACAUGAUGCUGAGUGCCAAGGACGACGUUAUCAAGGAGAUGCGGGUGAAGGACAGCAUGCUGCGUAAGCACCAGGAGCGGGUGCAGAAGAUGAAGGAUGACUGCGAGGCCUUCAGUCGAGAGCUCAAGAGGUGCAAGGAUGAGAACUACGACUUGGCCAUGCUCUACGCCAGGCAGAGUGAGGAAAAAAACACAGCGCUCAUGAGGAACCGUGACCUUCAGCUCGAGAUAGACCGACUAAAGCAUAACCUAAUGAAGGCUGAGGAUGACUGCAAGGUAGAGAGGAAACACACAAUGAAACUCAGGCAUGCCAUGGAGCAGAGGCCAAGUCAGGAAGUUAUGUGGGAGAUCCAGCAGGAGAAGGACCUUCUUCAAGCCAAGAUCCAAGAACUGGAGAGCUCCAUGAGGGAACGAAGGCGGGACAAGAAUAAUAUGUACAUCCAGAUUCUGGAGGAAGACUGGAGGCAGGCUCUGAAGGAUCACCAGGAAAAGGAAAACACAAUCUUCCACCUACGAAAGGAGCUGCGGCAAGCCGAGGCACUCCGGAACAAGAGCAUAGAGGAGAAGGAGAUGUUUGAGCUGCAGGGCAUGGCCCUGCGCAAGGAUUCCAAGAUGUACAAAGAACGCAUCGAAGCCAUCCUGCAGCAGAUGGAGGAAGUGGCUAUAGAAAGGGACCAGGCCAUCAUGACAAGGGAGGAAUUCCACCUGCAGUAUUCGAAUAGUCUGAAGGAAAAGGAUGAGCUCCGGAAGCAGAUCCGGGAGCUGGGUGAAAAGUAUGAUGAGUUGCAGUUACAGCUGUUCAAGAAAGAGGGGCAGUUGCUGUCUGUGGAGGGCAAGCUUAAGCGGCUACAGUCGGAGACACCUGUUCUGAGUUCAGACUUGGAUGACAGUUCUCCCAGGAAUUCUCAGGAGUUAACUCUUCCCAGGGACCUGGAGGAGGACGCACGAGUUUCCGACAAAAGUCAUCCAGCUAAGGAGAGGCAUCUAGAACAGACCUUUGUAACUGCGAAAGAGAAGCAUUUUCUGGCCCCAAAUGGAGGUGGACUGAGCAAUGGGGAGCCACAGGAGAAGGAACGGCGCCGUAUCAAAGAAAGCUUUGAGAACUAUCGUAGGAAGUGGGCACACAGAAAGGUUAACCAUAGCACCCGGCAGGGAGAAGUAGACUGGGAGAAUACCACAGGAAGUGACAACACGGAUACAGAAGGCUCCUGAGACUAUAUUUGCCUGCUGAUUCCAGGGCCCUAAAUCCCCCCAGCCAGUUUACUUAGCCUCUCUGAGAAGAUCUGUACUUCUCCCUGGUCAAUCUCCCAUCACUCGUAUGGAUAGGAUGGAACAGGGAUAUCAAAGAUCAAAAACAUCAUUUAAGCCUCAAAACCACCUCUGUGUGGCUUAGAUUCAGAAGAAUAGUCUGAACCCCAGGCUUUAAGUUCUGAAUUAAGAUUGACUUAGAUUGGUAUUGUGAUGACGUUAUGGCCAUAAUGAAGGACAAAUAUGAAGAAUUCUGAGAAACGCUUAUUUAAGCAGUACACGACAAAGAAGACAGAAGCAAAGAACAAUUAUAACAAUGUGAAUGAA